AUGAGUGAUUUCCUUGAAAGUCUGCGUACUGUUGAUAUAUCCACCGGGGGUGCGUCUAAGGAACAGCAUGAAAAAUUAAUUAGUAUGAUUGAUCAGCUGAGUUCGAAUGGCAAUUGGGAGAUCUGUGCCAAUUUCGUUCUAUCUGAACUUGAGAACUGCUCUUCUCCACAACAAAUCGUAAACUUGCAGAAUUCAGCUGCUCUGUUUGCGUGUUGCCGCUGCAUUGAAAACCUCCUUAAGCAUCCAAAAAUAGCACAGUCGGUGUGCCUGUCCAUUAUGCGGUACUAUCCAAAGAACUGGCCAACCCUCUUUGAUGAAUUCCUGAGCCUCUUCUCAGAAGUUAGCGCGCAGCAAAUGUGCCCCCCACUAUCGAAAUCUAAUCCCGUACUUCUGAAUCUUUUGGACGUUUUCUUGGAGGUUUUGCAGGAGCUGGAUUCGAUGGUGUUUAAUCGAAGUCUUAAUCUUACUAAUGAGCAAUUUCUCCGAACGUCCGAGAUUAAGGAUUCAAUGCGAAUUACUUGCUUGCCUCCAAUUGUUGAAUUGCUCGCUAUGAUCUUGAAAAACUUGCAAGUCGGCAAUGCCCGAGAACUGAAGCUCAUUUCCCUUUGCUUGAAAGUUGUUGGAUUGUAUGUCUUGUGGAUUGACAUAAAAUUGGUAGCUAAUGCGCAAUUUAUUGGCAUCCUCCAUUCACUUGUUCAAUUUACCGAACCAGCAGUUCACCAAAGUAUAUGCUUCCUACUAAAAGGACUUGUCACCAAGGGAAUGCCCGCAUUUCCCGAGAAAUUGUCCCUUAUUCUCGGUCUAUGGCCGCAGUUGCUGCAACCUUUGAUCAAUGCUCCGAGCACUGGCAAACUCCUUAGACGUACUUCAUCGAAUCCAAACCUGGACAUUAACCGCGACGACAACGAUUCGGAGGAAUUUGUAAACUUCCUUCAAGAAUUCUCCAACUGCAUGGGGAGCAUAGGCUAUAAUCUCACUGUCUCGUUCAAAGAACUGAUGGCAUCCAACCCCUCAGCCAACUCCAGCCAUGACUCCUCAACUUGGCAAGCUGCUUACGAGGAGUGUGUGGAAAAACUUGAAUUGACUCUGAAUAUUGCUAUAAAUUUACUCGCUUAUGAAGACAACGACGUAGGUUUGGCCGUUGUGAUGUUCGUCCAGGACUACCUGGAGCUGCUAAAGGAGAAGACACAUGGGAAACCAAGUCUUUCCAAUGGCUCUGCAAAACCCAAAAUGUUUCUCGAGUUAACGGCGGACCGCCUCUUCAAACUUCGACAGCUUCUCAGCGUUCUUAUGGAAAAGAUAGAGUACCCUACGGAAAGAACAUCUGAGGAGAUUGAUGAUUUCGAGAGCGAUCGUCAGGAGUAUCUUUCACUCGUUCGUGGUAUCGCUCGUGUUGAUGGCGGCCUGGUGCUGGAAGGCAUCCAGUCUCUCCUUCAGCAUACUCUUCUUCAACUUCCUCCUAGCAUGCGAGUGGAGGAGAUUGAGGAAAUGGUUCUCGGUCGAUUGGAGUCGUGUCUCUAUCUCUUUUUCGCCGCCGGUGAAUUCUACAAGGCCCCAAGAAACGACCAUUUCGCCGAAGGCUACUUGUAUAAUGCCAAAAUGGGUGAAUUAAUGACCACAAUUUGUUGCAGCAAUAUCUCCGCCAUUGCUUAUUACCCUAUACAAUUGGAUUUCUUUGAAUUAAUCGGCCGCUAUGACAAGUUUUUCAACUCAUCACCCAAGCUCCUCUUCGACGUUCUGGCUGCGUUCUUGGACGAGCGAGGUCUUCGGAAUUCGAACGUCAAAGUUCGAUGUCGAUGUGCUUAUCUUUUCAGUCGCCUUAUCAAAUCUCACAAGUCUAUAUUCGCGUUACAUACUGAGCAGAUCCUACAACAACUGGAAAGCCUUCUCCCUCUUGACCCUACGCCUGAAUUGCCUGGUUUAAAAAACAUCAACGGCUUUCCCAAACCGCCCUCGAUGCCUCUUCUCAACGGAGCCGGUGCAGCGAGUCCAAGGCUUUUCUCUAUAGUGGAGCAGAGUUUUCUCUAUGAGUCCUGCGCUCACCUCAUCUCCUCACGUUCGUCCAACAGUGAGGGUGGGGGCGUCCGGGAGGCGGCGAGUCUCUUUGCAAUGCUUCUGCAGCCCACCCUCCUUCAGUUUCCUCAAAUGAUGCGCCUUUUGGCUCAGGAGAAGGAUCCCGAUGUGGCUGAAGCUCGUGGCACCGUUAUCAAGCAGACGGCUGAUCUUAUCACUCGAACGACACGCGUUAUGUCGCUACAGACACCACCAGAGCCAGAGUACGUGCACAUUCUGAUGAAGAUUCUCGAUGUGCUGGUGGGAAGUCUGGCGCUGCUGCCGCCGGUGGCGGGAGCGCCUGGUCGGGGAGCGGCCUGCGCCGGCGUCCGCGCUUUCAUCCAUCGCCUCAUUGGCUCCAUCGGACCGGAGUGCAAUGUUGUAGUCAAGUCUGCUGAUACCUCCGCAGAUGCUGCGCCUGCCUCCUCUGUAUCCGACGGUGGAGGUGGAGAAGGGAGCAGCGGUGACGACGGAGACGGUAUUGGUCGUACUGCCUCCGAUCUCCUUCUCCUUGCUAUCUCCACGGCAAAUCCUCACUUCUUGACCGUGCAGCACUCUAACGAUCCGGGGUUGCCUUUGCAAGAUCCAGAUAUCCGGUGGAGAGAGUUAAGGGAACAUAUACCUCUUUUCAGUCAAUUGGCCCUUCGGUACAAGGAUCGCUGCCUGCCCGUCCUGUCGGAGUGUCUGCCACCACUGAUUGCUUCGACGAUGGGUGCGUUGACCGAGCCACUAGAGGCGGCGCAGAUGGUGGCAAUGACAGAGCGCUGUGCCUUGCGACGCGCUCUCCUCCAAGCUCUCCAAUCCAUCGGCCAGGUCUUGCCUCAGGGUAUCUUCAUUGCCCUGGGUUCAAAUGCUGCCAACGUCUUAGUGUCGCUGGUGAGUCUGACAGAGGCCUGUUUGGAGGCGGAGGACGCCGUGGGCAUGCGCUAUGGUUUGACCUUCUUCCUCGGUUGCAUCACCCACUUUGCUAGUGACGACACCUUCUAUGAAAAUUUUCUCCUUCCUCACCUCCUGCCCCUCGCCUUCCUGUCACCUGCCCGCUCCAACUUCCGCCUCAACGACGCUCAAUUCGCGCUGACACUCAACGAGGCAGCCAGCUGCAUCUAUGCCCUCAAUUCUGCCAGGGGCGACGUCUUUCAAAAAUUCCUACUGCAGACCUUCCUUCCACGGCAAAACCUCUCCCAGAACUAUAUUGAGCCGUACAUAACCAAUCUUUGCACGCAGACCCUUUCAGGCUUUCAGAUAUUUGCCAAGAACUUUUAUUCUUCAUUCCGAUGA